AUGACUUCAUUUAUUGAUGCAUCUUCGCCAACAGGAAAUGGUCGUCGAAUAAAAGUACUCAGUACAGAUUUAAUAUUUAGCGGUGUCGAUAAUAUUUUUGUUUACCUAUCACUCGAUAUUGAUCGAUUACGCGAUGCUCUGAGUCGUACGCUGUCGUUUUGGCCAAUUUUAACUGGACGUAUAAUUGUCGAAAGUGAUGAUCGAUAUUUCAUUGAAUUUUCUGAUAAUUCUAUUCCAUUUACUUACAUUGAAAAUGAUGAACUCGAACGAUGGCCCAACCUUCCUGUUAUAGUCGAUGAUAUGAAAUUAAUUAAACCAUUUAUUGAUUCAACUCUAUAUAAACCAGAAAUCGAGCCACUUCUUCGAUUUAAAGUAACACGUUUGAUUCGUAGCGAUGAAUAUGUUCUCGGCACAAGUUUUUGUCAUAUGGCUGGUGAUGCUAAUUCGAUUGUUCAUUUUCACAAUGAUCUUUCACAAAUCUAUCAAAAUCUUGAACCUAUUUUUCCUCGUCCAGUUUUUGAACGACAUCUAUUAGACAAAGAAGAUCCUGACUUUUCUUGUUUACCUGUGUUGAAAUUAUAUCGAAAUACCGAUAAAAAAGAAACUAUCUUAGCUCGUCUUGCUAAAGAACACACAGAAACUGAUCCCAUUAGUAUGCCAUUCUCUUCUGAACAACUUGCUAAAUUACGUAUGCUUGCUGGUGAUAGUAAUGAAAUAACAACACAUGAUGCACUUUGUGCUUACAUCAUUUUUUUAAUGAAUAAACAUUUAUUGAUCAAUCGAGAUGAAUGUAUCCGGCGUGCUUAUAUUUAUGUUAAUUAUCGAGGUGUUACUGAUUCAUUGACACCUAAAGGUUAUGUAGCUAAUGCAAUAAUGCAACCAUUAUCUUCGGAUUUUCCUAAUCCUUGUUCUUUAUCGAGUAUUGCAAAAACCAUUCGACAAUUAAUUAAAAUAACGCGUCAAGAAGAUUUUCUUAAAAAAUGGGUAACUUCAGCUAAUGUAUUGAUGAGACAAUUUAAAAAAGAUGGAAAUGUUAAUUUUGUUUGGGAUAAAGAUGAAGUUGUAUUUAAUUCAAACUUUAAAUAUGAUUGGUCUAAUCUAGUUGAUUUUGGUAUGAAAAAUCAAUGUCGAUUUCAUACGAUGGGAAUUUUUAAAUAUUAUUUUCGAAUAUUUCAUUUAAAUCCUGUUAAAUUAGAAGAUGGGAAUUGGAUCAAAGAUAAUGGAGGUGUUGAAAUAUCUUUUAGAAUUCCACAAGGAGAAAUUAAAGAAAAAUUUUUAGCAGCCUGGCAAAAAGAUAUACAAGAAGAUUUUUUGAAUGUCAAAUAA